GCAUGGGACAGUGAGACAAUGAUGGUUUUCAAUGCACAGGAAGUCAUGUCAGUAUGUCGACGUCGAAACAAAGAAAGGACACAAGCAGCGUGGGAUCAUGGGAGAUGUUCCACUGCAGAUUAAAUGUCUCUGUGACUCUCCGAGGUGUGUUACAGUUUCAUCUCCUCAGACUUCCUGAAGUUACAGAUGGACUCUGGUGUUCUGACAUCAGGUCAGACGUUUGACUUAUUACAUCUCUAACUCUGUUGUCUCUGCUGAUGCUUUUAUUUAAAAUCAUCCGUCAGCUCUUUGAUUGUCUCGGACAUGAAUUUCACUUCAGUUGUCACUAAAUCAACUCGCUGUGACAUGAACGUUCCUUCAGACACUGAAAAUGUUAGUUAUAGUUAUAUUCUAAAGUUAUAUUCUAUAAAACAGAAGCCAGACGGGAGCUCUCUCUCGUUUCACCUCAUGUCCACUUCAACUACUAACACGAAGACAAAAGACAACGAAGCAGAUUUCUCACAUGUUCAAACGUUAUCUGAGCUCAACAUUCACACUCAAUGAAACACAGUCAGACUGGUGCAGUAACAAUCAGGAUGAUGUGAUCAGAGAACCAACAAGAUUAUAAAUCCAAUCAAUACAUUGAGUCACGGCUCAGCUGCUCGCCACCUUUUAUCCAACGUCCUCUGUUGGAGCAGAAACUCUUCCAGGCAGGACAGAAUGAACAGACUGUUCUGAGAUCAGCUCAGAACUUUGACUUCAUUUUAAAGAGAGAUACCAUCAGCAGAGCUGCUUUAGGCUGCAGAUCAGUGAUCAGUGUUAUCAGUCUGAUGUACAGAGUCAACACUGACCCGAGGCCAUCGACCACACAGGCUCUCUAUAUAAACCAGAAGCCCCUCUGUCCUCUUCUGUCCAUCAACAUGUCUCGGUGUCUCCCCGUCCUGCUGCUGUUGGCCCUUGCCUGUCUGGCCCGGUUCGGUUCAGCUCAGCCCGUCGACAGUCUGGCCGAGCUGAAGCGGGUGCAGGCCGGUCUGGAGGAGCUGAAGGCCGAGAGACGAGCGAUGACGGAGCGUCUGGAUGCAGCUGAGAGGGAACUGAAGAGAGUGAGAGAAACACCUAAGGUUGCGUUUGCGGCCUCGCUGGGUUCCAACGGCCUCAUGAAGACGACCACUGGCAACAAAGACCUCGUCUACAGGGACGUCCUGACCAACGUGGGCGGGGCUUACAACGCUGAGACAGGUGUGUUCACAGCACCGAUCCGUGGAGUCUACUACAUCCGCUUCACAGCCAACAGUCCCACCAACUUCCCCAUGAGCGCCGUUCUCUACAAAAACAACGCAGAGAUCCAGCUGAUCGCCCACGAGCAGACGUCCGGUGAGGGCAGCGACACGGCGUCCAACGGCGCCGCCCUGCUGCUGGAGGCGGGCGACCAGCUGAAGAUGGUGCUGUGGCACAACACUCAGAUCUGGGACAACAGCAACCACAGCAGCACCUUCAGCGGCUUCCUGCUCCUCUCCAUGGUGGACGAGCCUCCAACAGAGGACAGUGAAGACGUCCAGCUGAGGACCCUGCAGGAGUCUCUGAAGCAGCUCCAGAGUGAAACUCAGAGUGUCAAACAGAGACUGGAGGCCACGGAGCAGGAGCUGAAGGUGAUGAGAGAGGUACCGAAGGUGGCCUUCUCAGCUUCUCUGGGAGGUAACGGGCUCCAGAAGACGACGUCAGGAAACAAAAAUCUCAUCUACAAAGACGUCCUGACCAACAUCGGACAGGCGUACAGCUCUGAGACAGGUGUGUUCACAGCACCGAUCCGUGGAGUCUACUACAUCCGCUUCACAGCCAACAGUCCCACCAACUUCCCCAUGAGCGCCGUUCUCUACAAAAACAACGCAGAGAUCCAGCUGAUCGCCCACGAGCAGACGUCCGGUGAGGGCAGCGACACGGCGUCCAACGGCGCCGCCCUGCUGCUGGAGGCGGGCGACAGGCUCGCCAUGCAGCUGUGGCACAACACUCAGAUCUGGGACAACAGCAACCACCACAGCACCUUCAGCGGCUUCCUGCUGUUCCCCAUGUGAGGACCAACAUGUGACACUCGACUCUGAACGUUCACCUCCCUGUUGGUGUUGAAUUUCUUCUACUCUAACUGACCUGGUGACUGAUUCAUUAUGUCGGCUCUGAAUAAAAACUGUGGAAAUCAUCACUGACUGUAUGAUUCUGAUGUUUCUGAUGGUUCUGAUGUCGGCUCACAUUAUGUGUUUAUUACUAUUAGAUGUUAACUGCAGGCGCUGACGUGUCUCUGACGUCCACAUGGAAGUGUUUUGGUUUUAAAGAGCGUAUAACGUAUAACAGUGUGAUAUAAUCUGGUGGGAAAUGGAGCAGGUUGGAAAAAUAAGGAUUUUAUGUGAGUGUUACACAACAUUUAGUUAUUCUAAAAAACAUUUUUAAUCCACAGACAAAAAGAGUCAAACAAUAGAAAAGUGCAGCUCAUGAAACAAACACAAUCUGACUGAAGCCAAUUAAAGUUCUGAUCCCAAAACCCAGA